AUGACCGAAACUCCUCAUAAUGGCCUGUCAAAAGACUACGCCCUUUACCACGUACUAAAAACUUCCAUGAACUAUAUUACUAUGGAAUACGUCGAGGGAAAGACUCUAGAUACAGAAUGGAAAUCAUUAUCAGAUCGAGAAAAAGAGGGUAUUGUUUCAACCCUCAAGCAAUAUUUCAUAGAGCUACGCAAACUUCUCUCGCCAGGUUACUUCGGCUCCCUGGGUAGACGCCGUAUGCCAGGUGGAAUGAUUUGGACCCCUGAGCCAACCCCUGAAAUAAACGGGCCGCACUCAAGUACGUCGCCGAAUCGGAGUAUCGAUCAGCAUUCAGGGCAGAGUUUUACCAUCGCGCCCUAUCAAGUGUGUUUCGGGGCCAUGAAUCGAAAUUCACACAUUGGAACUUUCAACGGAAAACGUGAUCAUUAGGGGCCGUCCGUACAACUAUUUUAGCAAAGAUGGCACCGGUCUGGGAGAUGAGAAGACGUAUGAGGUCACACUCAUCGACUGGGAGACAUCGAGAUGGUACCCAAGCUACUGGGAGUAUUUCAUGGCAGCAUUAGCUACACGGUGGGAAGAUGAUUGGGUGCCUGGUUAGUUCGUACGAUAGAGCUGUUUGAUGUUGAGUUCCCAAGGCUACAAAUGUUGUAUUUGGAACUGUGGUCA